GUGCGAAACUGACGGCAGAAGCCCCCACCCCCUCCCUUCUUCGGGGAUUUUAUUUUAAGCAGGGUUGACCUUGUCAAGAAAAUUCGUUUGUAGUGAUCAAUCGAUGUUUUAAAGAUAAGCCAUAUUCCAAUAACCAGCUUAAUCUGCAGCUUAAUACUCAAAUGAAAAAAGAGGGGAACUUGAGUGCUAACCUCGAAAAUUAAUAGAAAUCGUAACUGUUCUCUGUAGCAUGACAUUCUUCCUCUUUCCUAUUUUCGACCAUAUAAUAUACUGAACUAUCAAGAAAAUUAAUAAUCCCAAUUUUGUUCUUCAAUGAGUAACAGUAUCCUCAAUUGUUGAUUCUGCGUGUUGGACUCGCGACACAGUUCUUCGCGGCGCUGAUCAGUCACAAUAUGGCUACCGCUAGAAAGAAGCAAGACGAGAAACACCUAAAAAUAUUACGAGAAUUAGUGUCUCUACCGGCUAAUAAACAAUGUUUCGACUGUCACCAAAGAGGCCCGACUUACGUGAAUAUGACAAUUGGUUCGUUUGUGUGCACGUCAUGCUCUGGGAUGCUGGUCAUCUCACUCCCAAGCUUUUAUUUAUAUGCGAGUCAGUCAGUGUAGCUUUCAGUAUUUGGCGAGGUUUGACUCCCCCUCACAGGGUGAAGUCCAUUUCGAUGGCAAGUUUUAGUCCAGAAGAAGUUGAGUUGAUUAAAGCAAGAGGAAAUGAGUACUGUAAACAAAUAUGGUUGGGUCUAUAUGAUGCAGCACAUGGGCAAGAUUCCAAAGAUGAGCAGCAGAUCAAGGAUUUUAUGAUUGCAAAAUAUGAAAGAAAAAGGUACUAUGUGGACCCAACUACUAUUCCUCGCAAUGGUCCAACUGGCUUCUCGUCUCCAGAAGUACAGUCAAGGUCUCGGACUUCUACUCCACAGUCAGUGGGUAGUGCUUCAGAUGGUAAACCAUCUGCAAAUGUGACACCCACACCUUUCAUUCAAGCUAAACCUCUUGUCCUCAAUGUUCAGACAUCGGUACCAUCCCAUGACAAUAUGUUCACUCCAGACAAGCCAUCUGAGUUCUUAGCCGACUUUGGUUCUGCUGACCCCUUUAGUUCCUCAUCACAAGCAAUGCCAAACACAGCACAACCUUCCUUUGCCAAUUUUGAAAACAAUCCAGUUUUCAGUGACCAGUUGUUUGGACUAAUGCUGAAAAGUGAUCCCAUUCCGUCCAAGUGCAACACCAAUCGUUGGAGUAUGCCCACUGCCUCAGCCUUGUCAACAUUAGGUGGUUUUGGAAGUCCAGCACGCAAAGCUGCAAGCUCCAUGGGUGUCAAUCAACCUCCUCUCCUUAGUGCAACACAACCACCAUCAGAAGAUCGAUAUGCAGCACUUAAGGACUUAGACAGCCUCAUGAAGAGUCAACAACAGCAACAUCACCAACAACCAGUGGUUGAGGCUGCUGCACCUUUAAACGACUGGUCAUCAGAUAAUAUGGCACCCAAAAAAUUUCUACAGUACACAAAGGACUUGAUGGUGAAAGCAGUAAAUUCUGUGAAUGGAGGGAGAAGUUACAAUGCUGCAGGCAAAGGAGUUUGCUUUAUCAAAGUGUCUGCAGCUGGAGCGUCGCCAUGGCCAGUGAGCUCCAGUACAAAUGCUGUGGGUGCAUCUGUCUUCUCACAGGCCCAGUCAGGGUUCAUGAACUCAGUGCCCAGUACAGCACCCACACUAGCCUUCCCAGAGGCAGCCACUGUGCCCAAUCCAUUUGCCGUGGCUGGUGCCACAAUUGACCCAUGGGCACCAACUGUUGGUACCAACGGCAUGACUGCUCCCAGUGGUGCCAGCUUUAAUGCCAACCCAUUCCGACCUGCUGUAACCAAGAGGCCCAACCAGCCAGGCUUUGGGCCAGCAGCUGAUGCAAGUUGCGGUUGGGGAGCAGUUGGUCCCGAAGUAGUGCCAAAUGGAGCUAUUCUCUCAGGCAUGGGAGCAGUCUUUCCCACUAGUCAGUCCAUGAACUUCCCUGCCAAAGUGUGGCACAACUCUGUGGGAAAUCCAUUUGUGCUCGGUGCUAGUCCUGCUCCUACUGGUCGGUCCAGUAACCCAUUUUUAUGAAGUACAACUUAUGUACAAGAAUUUCACUGUCUUUGUUAUUCAUAGAGAGAAAGAGAGCACAUAAAAAUACAUGCACAUUAUAUUUAUAUAUGUAUAUAUACAUAUAUAGUAGGAAUAGCUGCACGCAUGUACAUUGGGCAUUUGGUACAUGGAUGCAUGUGUGAUAGUGAGAACGUUCAGUGUACGUGUGUGCACAAAAAGACCAUCAUUCUAAAGUACAUUGCUUUUCUAUUCAUGGUAAGUCAAGAGAAGACGAGAUCUUGUUAUAUUUAUACUAAAUUUCAAUGAGCACAUGGCUGUUGGAGUGACCUUUUUGCCAAAACUGUCAUUUUAUCACAGCAUUUAUGUGAUGCUUUGACUGUAAGAUAUUUUUAAAUGAAAUAUUUCUUUAUUGGUAAAUGUGUUGUCCCUGCUUCUGAAAGCAGAGGCAUUGAGAGUAUGAUUGUUUCCAAAUGAUGUGGUGAUGAGGACUGUGUGUGCCUGCUACUUAAAUCUGCUACAAUCCCCUUAUUUAGAGAAACAUGCCAAACAAUGUUGCCUUUGAAUCAAACACCACUGUUUGAUACAAUGACUUUGCCAAUCAGGUCACAAAAACAGCCACGCUUUUUGGGAAAGCAGUUGUUCUGCUCUUGAAAAUUUAUUCACCUGAAAAGAAAAUCAUGUUUUGAGUGAUUUAGAUUUAAAAGAUGAGACAAGAACGAUGUGGUUUGGAGAUCUAAAUUUGCAUUCAUUUCUAAAUGAAAUAAUUUUAUAAUGUAUUUAGACAAAUCAUGAUUUUUUAUCAAUAUAUUCUUUAUUUUAUUCUAUUAACAUCAACUUUUUGUACAAACAGUUGAUCAACUUCCAAUGUAGUUUUAAAAAACAAUAUUUAUUUUUCAUUCAACAGUAACACCUUGUUUAUUCGGAGAAUUUAAUAGUAUAAAGAACUGCCAGUAACAAUGCAAUUUAAAAUAAUAGAUGUCAACUAAUGUAUGUAAAUACACUUACGGUUUGCCACCAAUAUAGGAUGGACUUGAAUCUUUUGAAUGUGUUGAAAUUAUUAGUUUUAUGAUUUUAUUUUAGGCAGUCUGUAAGCCUAUAACAUUUUAUUAAACUACAUGUGUUUCAGUUUUAAAACUGAACUAAUAAUAUUUUGAUUAGAGAAAAAACAGAACACUUCUGCCUUACGAAGUAAUCUCAGAUGAAGAUUCAAGAAAGUCUAUCACCUAAAUUGGCAAAUCCAGAUAAACAAGGUUCAGCUGUCCUUUUAUUUCAAUGUAGUCAUAUUUGUUUCCCCCAAAACUUGCCUUCUAGGCUAAAAUACUCAUUGUUUGUAACUCAUUUAUCCACUGACGCUUAACUAGUAAACAAACGCAUCCAUUAUCUCAGCAGUUUUAGUGAAAAGCAUUCAGAGGAGAAUGUACCACUGCAGUGAGUCCGAAUGCUGGUUCUUCUGGGACCUGAGUCCACUUGUAGUCUAUAUAAUUGUUCUUGUAUAUUCGCUUUAUAUACUGAGAGAAUAUAUUAUCCAAAAAAACUAUUUUAUUUAUAUUGAUAAUCAUUAAUGUUCUAGGAAUAAAAUUAGAAGGUGGUUGAUAUUUCGUUUGACAACCAGAAAUGGCAGUGCCAUGCCCUAAGCAACAGCAAAUCAGAAGCAUCAUUGUAAAUUAGGAAGCAAAUGUAUGGCAUGAUCUGAAUGUUGUAGUUAAUCUGCUGUCUUUGUGUUGAGAGAGGUUAAUUGUGUUAAAAUGGGUUCUUUGAGUAGUGUGUGCUGUUAGGUUUGUUGUUACUGUUAGUUACAUAUAUUUUAGCUAAGUAGCUAUAUCAUAACAAGGUAACUAAAUCAUAAUGUAGAAUUUGUAAUCAGCAACACUAUCUCCACAUCAAACUGUCAACCACUUUCUGAUUUUUUCUGAACUUUAGAAGAAUUACAAAACCUUUUCUUUCCUAAUUUUACCUGUGUGUUGUAUUCUUAACUUAAUUACAAAUGAUAAAAGAAAUGUUUUGAGUAUAAGCACCAGUGACGUAAUGAAUGAAUUUUGAUGAUGUUCAUGUGUUGCAAAGCUUUACUUUUAAUGAGAGGAGCUUGCAGUUUGAAGUUUUAUUUACAGUGAGAGUAGCUUGCAGUCAUAUUUAUUUCUUAGUACUAGGAGUAAAAUCUGAGAAAUGUGAUCCUUGGCUGAAUAAUUCCUUUGCAAACUCUGAAAGCCCAAUCCAUGUGGAAUCCGUGUUGACUAUUGAUAGUACAAGGCCCUUUUGUAGGAGCAAUUGUGGCAUAGGCAUGUUUCCUAAUAAUGAGUUUCGAGUUCCUCUUUUCUUGGGGAGGCUAACUACUGAAUCUUAAGAUGAAAGGUGUGGUGAGACUAAUCUGAGUAGAGAUGUUUAACAUGUGGAAGACGUGCAUCACAAACAUACUGGAAAUGGGAUUUCCUCCUAAAGUAAGUAACCUUUUGGGAAUAGGAAUAAUGCCAAUAUAUAUUUUUGACUUGUCUUAUUUCUGUCUUGUCUAUGUAACCGUCCAACAAUGAACUUCUUGGAAUAUCUUCUUAAACUGUCAUAUUGCAGUAUUGAAUGACAAUGCUGUGUUGGGAUUAUAUCAAAUUAUCG